AUGAAGAGCCGUAUAGGACGCAAAUUAGCUAUUGAAGAAUUACACAUGGCCGAAGAAAGUUCAAAAUUACAUAUAAGCGACGAUAAGGAUUAUCUUGGACGUUCAUUUAUGGAAGCUCCAAAAAGUAUUGGUGUCAAUUUAAAACCUGAUCACGUCCCUGAAAGAUGUUAUCCCCCAACAAAACAAGCAUAUACGUAUAAUGGACAUACUAAACCUGUUACAGCAAUUAGAUGGUUUCCAAAAAGUGCACAUUUAUUUAUUUCUUGUUCAAUGGAUGGAAAGGUCAAACUUUGGGAAGUUUAUGGAAACCGAAAACUAAUACGUACAUAUAUUGGACAUAAAGUUCCAGUAAAAGAUAUUUACUUCAAUAAUGACGGGACAGAACUUUUAUCUGCAGCAUAUGAUAAUUAUAUAAAAUUGUGGGAUACUGAAACUGUAAAAUCUCGUUUUACAAUUGGCGCUCAUAGAGCUUAUGUAGUCAAAUUUAAUCCGGAUGAUGACAAACAAAAUUUAUUUUUAGCGGGGAUGUCAAACAAAAAAAUUAUUCAGUGGGAUACGAGAAGUGGGGAAAUUGAACAGGAAUAUGACCGUCACCUUGGCCCUGUCAACUCGAUUACCUUUUUUGAUAAAAACAGACGAUUUGUGUCUACGUCGGAUGACAAAUCUCUUCGUAUUUGGGAAUUUGGAAUUCCUGUUGAUACAAAAAUUAUUCAACAUGCUGGUUUACAUUCAAUACCUUCAAUGACGAAAGCUCCAAAUGAAAAAUGGGUCGUUGGUCAAUCUAUGGAUAAUCGAAUCGUGUUGUUCCAAGUAAUGGAUGAUAAACUUAGAUUUGCGAGGAAAAAAGCAUUUAGAGGUCAUAAUACUGCUGGGUAUGCAUGUUCUACAGAUUUUUCGCCAGAUAUGAGUUUUUUGGCUUCUGGCGACGCAGACGGAAAAAUUACAAUGUGGGAUUGGCGUACACACAAAAUUGUUUCGACAUGGAAAGCCCAUGAAAAUGUGUGUAUUUCUACUCUUUGGCAUCCACACGAAAAAAGUCGAAUGAUUAGUUGUGGAUGGGAUAAUACAAUAAAAAUGUGGUUUUAA